AUGAAUACAUGGCAACCGGGCGUCUUUCGCCGCUUUCCUUGGGCCGGUCUGGGAUGUCUCUUGGGGGUCUUCUGCAGCAUUGUGGUGGACAUUGUGAUCCUGGCGGUGUCGAAUGGGAAGCCGAUUGCGAGUUGGAGGUAUCCACCUAGUUUGUAUCUUUCCGUGGCGUAUACGAUUGGGAAUAUACUGCUUGCCGCUGCGUUCAGCCAGGGACUCACGGUCUUCUGGUGGCGCAAGGCCUUAAGAGAAGGCACUCAGCUUGGCGACCUUCAUCGAUACUGGGAGCAUGGCACGAGUCCAGUAUCCGCUGCGUUCGCUGGAAGGAACUUCAACUUCAUCUCGUUCGCGGCCUUGUUUCUGGCGCUCACGCCCGUGAAUGGGCCCCUCCUGCAGCGCGCUUCCUCAACGACGACAGAUACUCGAUACUUUCUCUCCCAGGAUGUUAAUCUGAGCGUGCCAGCCGCGCGAUCUCUGCAGGAUCCGACUGGCCAUACUUCUGGAAGAGCGUAUACUGUGACCAUGCUGGAGACGAAUUAUAGCUCGAUUGUGCAGGACUGGAACACUGGCAAAGCCAUCAACAUCACCGCCAGUGGCUGUUCAGGGGAUGGACUUUGCUCUGGAAGUCUGACCGCAGCAGGAUUGGCCGUCAGCUGUAACACAAGCACUGCGUCGUUUGACUUAUCUGGAACAUCAAGCGACGGCUCGAUUAACAGCGACUCAUUCGACGGCCUUGACAUUUUCAGUGUCGGCUUCACAUGGACCGCCUACACUCCCUCCAACAUAACCGUGAACCUGCAAUACAAGCCAAGAAAAGAUUGCACAGAAGGCCGAUUGGAAGUGGCAAAUUGUACAAUCGGUGCAGCAACCGUCCAAUACCCCGUGGUCAUCGACGGCAAUAAAUCCACCAUCGCUCUCAAACCCCAAUCAACGAUGGAUGACGACAAAGUAGUCUCCCUCGUCGACUACCCUAGCGAGAACGUGUACGGCCUGCCCUCACCAAUAGGCGGCUACGCCUACGCCCUCUCCUCGCGACUCGACUCAUCAACGCACCUCCGCUUCGCCGGCGCCGCAGGCUACGACAUCUCCACAGAGGGAUCCAUCGCCGCUCAGUUCGCCAACAUGGACGACGUAACCAGCUACACCUCGGAUAUGUGCUCGAUCAAAUUCUCCAACCCAACGGACUACCUCAUGCAACAAGCCCGCGAGCUCAUGUUUCGCACCGCGCUGGCUCAGGGCAAUGCUUCUACAAUUCAAACAAUUGAGGAUCCCUCUGAAGUACGAACCGUCACUGUCUACAGCUCUCAUUACGAGUACCUAGGCGUCUCCAUCGGGAUCACGUUCCUCGCCAUUCUCCUCGUCUUGAUCACAUUCAACGGCUUCUGGCUGCUAGGCAGAAGCGUGACCAUGAGUCCUAUCGAGACCGCAAAAGCAUUCAACGCACCACUACUGGCGCAAGAACACCCUAACGCAGAGGUCAACGAGUUGGUCAAGGGUGCCGGGAUGAAACCUGUGCGGUAUGGUCAGGUUGUCGAUAUGAGCCAGAGUGGCGGGCAGACGGAGUUUGACAAAGGGGCGGAUUUUGGGCAUGGACAGAUGGAUACGGUGGAGUUGCGGCAGUUGCAGCUGGCGUUGGCGGAUCCGGCGAGUGUGCAGCCGCUUGGGAAGAGGAGGAAGUAG